UUCUGUUCUGUGCGAUUGACGUCGAGUCACUCAGCUGCAACGGCAUUUAAUGAGUAUAAAAGCUUCCUGAAAACAAUGCUGGAGCAUCAGUAAGACACUGGUAUUUUCUAAAGCAAACAUUUUGAAAGAUUGUGCGAUAUAACAAUGUUCAAAUUGUUGCCACUACUACUAAGCACUUGCAUUCUCUGCAGUGUUGCCUCACCGGAGCCGGACGGUCUGUACAAUAUCAUCGGCGGCGGCAGCAGCAGAGCAGCCACUAAGCCAUCCCAGACAAUAUCCUUGACAGCCAAAAGCCAAUAUCCCCAGCAACCGCAGCAGCAGCAGUUACAAUCAAACACUGUUACAUCGUGUGAAGACGAGGAGGAGAACAACGAUGUGACGGGCCCCGCAACAGGCGAGCAGGAACCUCUGGCGCCCGCAUCAGUCACAGCGUUAGCCAACUCUGCACCAGUUUCAGGCACUGCAGCUCCCACACCAUCCGCCGCAACUCGCCUAAAAGCCGUCGCCUCUGCUGGUUCGUCUGUAGCCUCUGCAUCGGCAUCGCGCUCGUCAUUGCGUGUCUCAUCUUCGAUAAAACUACCAUCUAGCGGCAGCUCCACAGCAACCCUCCAACAUCACAUCUUGCCCGCAGAGACUCUGUCUCUGCCCAUCACCAUCUCGACACGUCCCGGCUUACGUACUGUUAUCGCACCGGAAACAAUUACCAUUCACGAGCCGACCGUCGCCAAGGUAGGUGAAGUGGUGCAGAAAAUACCAACUGCCGUGUCGCAUCAGAGUCAGACGGUGGUGCAUAAGCAUGCGCGUGUGGUCACACCCAUUGUGGCACCCGCAGUGCGUACAAUCACGUCACAAGUGUUACGCGCCUAUCACACCCCGCUCAUCUUCGCACCUGAAACCACACUCGUCCGUUCCGGCAAUACAAAGGCAAGUGCAAGUGCUAGCGCCAGCGUCACCUCGAUUGCAAGCAACGCCAACAGCAGUGUCAACUACAAAUACAAACAAUGAGGCAAUGGAUGCUCUCAUCGCUGAUCUAGCAACAAUUUACUUAAAAAUCUUUUGAAACUGCUUACUGUGUUCCAGGCUGAUAAUUUAGAAGAAAUUUGUUUAGAAAUUGAAAAUUCAAAAUUGUAUAUCGCGUGUGAUUUCUAACCUUUAAAUUCACACAUGCUUUUUGGCCUCAUUAUUUUCGUUAAGUUAAUACUUUUUGGAAUAACAAAAUUAAACUCUAA